CCCACACAUCGGCGGGAACUUCGGUGGGUGACAGUGUCGUGUUCCUCGAGUUUGACAGUGGACGUGGGAAAGGGGGAGAAAAAGAGAGAGAGAGUGAGAGAGAGAGAGAGAUGGAAGCCGUUUUAAAGUGGUAGUGGUGAUGAUGGUGUCCGUGAUAUAGUGCGGGAUAAGUGCUGCGAUUUAAGUAUUGUGAUAUGAUCCUCCGAGAUGCAAAGGUGUCUGUGAAUAUAACGGAGAGGCUAUAGACUGAAUCCAAUCCAAAGGGGAACUAAGCCUCAUUAUUAAUUGUCUUGCUACUGAAACUCGGCGCCGUGACCGUAGACUUAUUCAAAAAGGAACAAAGAAGACGUCAUUAUGUUGGCGCUAAAGAGGAUACUGGAGGGAGAGGACGCCAACAUGGACCUCUCGUCCCUGACGGAGACCGAGCGGGACGCCAUCUUGGCUGUGCUCGAGCGGGACCAGACGCUCCGAAAGCAAGACAGGCAGCGAGUCUACCGCCUGAAGACCGAGCUGUCAUGGCUGCGGCGUCGAGGGGCAGUCCGCGCCGACGAGGACGAGGGCGCCGCGUCGCGCACCUGCGGCCGGUGUCGCGCGGAGCUGGGCCUCAUCAUCAACCGGGGCGCGCCGUGCCGGGCCUGCCGACAGCGCGUGUGCAAGCAGUGCCGCGAGUACAGUGUCAACGGCAGGGACUGGGUCUGCACCGUCUGCCAGAAGCAAAUGUGAGUGCCGGAACAUGUUUGUUUGGUU